UGCACUGACAGGGCGAGGAGGCCAGCGCCCUCCCGCGAUGGCCCUGCAGAGCCCGUGCGUGAUCUUCCUGCGCGAGCAGAAACCGAGCGCUUUCUUGAUGAUGUUAUAUGGGGGUCAUCCUGUGUGUGCGCUGUUUUUAAGUUGUUUUUAUAUUAGCUUUGUCUUAAGUCGAUUAUAAUCUCCAUGGGAACAAAGCCUUAUAGACUUAUUAUUUUUUAUGCCCGAAGCAGCUAAGACACAGCCAGGCUUUCGGACGUGUAGAGCUGGAGUGAGGGUGAGAGAGCGCGCUCAUCCCCCUAAGGCAUUGAGCAAUGCUCACGACCCGUCAUGGCAGGUUCAGGCAGCACAUGGCCAUCUCGCAAGCAGCUGUUCCAGGCCCUCCUGCUGGUCCUCGUCCUCCUCCACUCAGCGUUGUCCGAACCCUCCCGGGACUUCGUGCCGCCCGGCAGGCAGAAGAGGGAGGUCCCCGCCGACCUCCUGAGCCAGAUGGGCCGGGCCGUGCGGGGGACGCUGGAUGCCUGGAUCGGGCCGGAGACCAUGCACCUGGUCUCUGAGACCACGGCUCAGGUGCUGGGGACCAUCUCCUCCUGCCUCUCCGUGGGCUUCUUCGCUCUGUCGGGCAUCGCCGCCCAGCUGCUGAACGCCUUGGGGCUGGAUGGAGAUCACCUCACCCAGGUCCUGCAGCUCAGCCCCAGCCAGGUGCAGACCUUCCUGCUGUGGGGCGCGGGGGCCCUGGUGACCUACUGGCUGCUGUCCCUGCUCCUCGGCGUGCUCUUGGCCUUGCUGGGGCGGAUCCUGUGGGGCCUGAAGCUGGUCUUCUUCCUGGUCGGCUUCGUGGCCCUGGUGCGGUCAGUGCCCGACCCUUCCACCCGGGCCCUGCUCCUCCUGGGCUUGCUGACCCUCUACGCUCUGCUGAGCCGGCUCACGGGCAGCCGGGCCUCGGGGGUCCAGCUGGAGGCCAAGGUCCGAGCGCUGGAGCGCCAGGUGGAGGAGAUGCGCUGGCGGCAGAGGCGAGCGGUCAAGGGCACCCGGGGCCUGGAGGAGGAGUGAGAAGGACGCCCGGCACCUUCGUCGUCUUCGUACCAAAGAGCUGAGCUGCUUCUGGGCCGCUGGCCCUCCUUCCAGCCCCUGCCCCUCGCUUGCCCUGUCUCUGGACCCUCAGGACUCUUACCUCUGCCCCAGCCCCCCAGCUGAGCGGGAGGGAGACCCGUCCCCUGCUGGUCCUCUGACCCCUUUCUCUGCCCCUAGCCGUCCCCGCAGGGCG